AUGUCUGUACCCAGCAGGCAUCAUAUAGAAGACCUGAUGUCUGUACCCAGCAGGCAUCAUGUAGAAGACCUGAUGUCUGUACCCAGCAGGCAUCAUAUAGAAGACCUGAUGUCUGUACCCAGCAGGCAUCAUGUAGAAGACCUGAUGUCUGUACCCAGCAGGCAUCAUAUAGAAGACCUGAUGUCUGUACCCAGCAGGCAUCAUGUAGAAGACCUGAUGUCUGUACCCAGCAGGCAUCAUAGAAGACCUGAUGUCUGUACCCAGCAGGCAUCAUAUAGAAGACCUGAUGUCUGUACCCAGCAGGCAUCAUAUAGAAGACCUGAUGUCUGUACCCAGCAGGCAUCAUAUAGAAGACCUGAUGUCUGUACCCAGCGGGCAUCAUGUAGAAGACCUGAUGUCUGUACCCAGCGGGCAUCAUGUAGAAGACCUGACCUGAUGUAUGUACCCAGCGGGCAUCAUAUAGAAGACCUGAUGUCUGUACCCAGCGGACUUCAUGUAGAAGACCUGAUGUCUGUACCCAGCAGGCAUCAUGUAGAAGACCUGAUGUCUGUACCCAGCGGGCAUCAUGUAGAAGACCUGAUGUCUGUACCCAGCAGGCAUCAUGUAGAAGACCUGAUGUCUGUACCCAGCGGGCAUCAUGUAGAAGACCUGAUGUCUGUACCCAGCGGGCUUCAUGUAGAAGACCUGAUGUCUGUACCCAGCAGGCAUCAUGUAGAAGACCUGAUGUCUGUACCCAGCGGGCAUCAUGUAGAUGACCUGAUGUCUGUACCCAGCAGGCAUCAUGUAGAAGACCUGAUGUCUGUACCCAGCGGGCAUCAUGUAGAAGACCUGAUGUCUGUACCCAGCGGAGCAUCAUAUAGAAGACCUGAUGUCUGUACCCAGCAGGCAUCAUGUAAGAAGACCUGA